AUGGUCAUCAAGAAGAAAAAUGUAUUUGAAGAGGACGACAAUAGUAAAAGUUCUCACAUAGAUGGAAAAGAGUUGGCUCUUAGUAGACCCAAAACUAAGAAACUCUUCAAACCACCUGUCUCAAUUACUUCACAAAUUCCUACCACAGAUGCCACUACUAACUUUGAAGGAAGCAAUAUUUGUCAAGAUAAUGUCCAUCCUGAUGCAGAGCCCAGUAUCAUUGAGGAAGGAAAUCCACUUUUGGAAGAGCAAAACUUUCCAAUGCUUGAUCGAUCACUUUUUGAAACAAAUCCUAAUUCAAUAGGAUUGUCCAUGAUGAAAAAAAUGGGGUUUAAUGUGGGAGACUCAUUAGGUCCAAUUCAAAGCGACAGUGUAAAGCCUUUUAUCAAGGAGCCAAUACCAAUCUCAACUUGGAUCAAAAAACGUGGCGUGGGAAUGCUAACAUCACCUUCAAUAGUAGGUUACUCAGAGGAGCAAUAUCAAACAAUAAAAUUAUCCAAUAUCGACCUUUUAAGGUUGUCAAAAAACUCAAAAAUUCUUAGGAGGAUAUUGAAACUAUGCUUUGAUAUCAGUGGUGAAUGCGAGAAAUAUUUGAAUGGUGAUUAUGGAAUUGAAGAUGUUAACUUAUUAUGGAGACAAUAUGUUGAAGAACUAGAAAUCAAAAAGCACUUGAGAGAUUCGCUGCAUAGCCAGGCUGAAAGGUUGAAGUUGAAAGCACGAUUGGAUAUUUUUGAAAAAAUGGAUCAAGUAGAAAUAGAAGAGAAAACAUCUCAAGCUCUAGACUAUUUGAGAAACAUUCAUUUCUAUUGUUUCUAUUGUGGACACCAGUAUGAUUCUCAAAAGGAUCUAGAUGCUAACUGUCCAGGAAAAGAUGAAAUUUUUCAUAUACGAUGA